CGAGGCUCAAGUUACACUUUGGCGCCAUUAAUAUUGGUUCCAUGGCCACGCUCCCUGCCUUCUUACGACCAGCACCACCGAGUUCUGCCAUACAGGAGCCAUGCGCGAACGCUAUAUUCCCCCACCCAAAGCUUAGCGCGGCUGCACACGCAUUAUGGUGGCCCGCCGGUGUUCAGCAGCCUCGUACCAUCCUUCUCUUCAUACCAGGUAAUCCUGGGCUCGUGGAGUUCUACACGCCAUUUUUGACUGCCAUCCACGAGAAGUGUGCGCAGAAUAUAUCCAUACUCGCACACGGUCAUCUCGGUCACUCUCCGACUAUCCCCCGCGGAGAUAUGUACAAAGACUCGUCUAGCAUCAGUCUAACGGCUCAGGUAGAGAGUGCCAUUGAAGCAACACAAGCGCUACACGAUGCCUAUCCGCAGGCCCAGCUCGUCAUCGCGGGGCAUAGUAUGGGUUGUUGGAUCACCUUACAGGUGCUACGAGCGAAGCCAGACAUUGUUACUUCGCUCUUCCUCCUCUUCCCAACGAUCUCACACAUCGUUACAACUCCCAAUGGGCAGUCACUCUCCUGGCUUUUCCGAUACCCCUUUCCCCGCCUGAUCUCGUCUGUGUCUAUCCUGACUUGGAUGUUGCCUCUGGCUGCAUUACGACUCCUCUUCCCCGAUUGGCCCCUACCCCAGAUUCUGGUCUUGCGCAAGUUUUUAAACUCACCAAGCGCUAUAUACGCCUCUCUCUGUCUAGCCGAUCAGGAGAUGAAGACCAUACGGGACCUUGAUGCGGCGCUUCUUCAAACAUACGCUCAUCGUCUACACAUGUACUUUGCAGACGAGGACGGCUGGGUGGGCGAGCAGAAGGGAUCAGUCCUGAGAGCCUUCCACGCCGAUCCCGGGUCUGUCAAGGUAAUUCAUGGGCACCCUGACAUCCCGCAUGCAUUCUGUAUCAACCACGGCGAGCAAUUGGCGGAGCAAUGUUUCGAAUGGCUUCAUGCUGGUGGCCAGCUAUAAUCCAAUCACUUUCAUACACAAGGCUAUUGCAGACGGGUUAGAACGUUAGUAACUCGUUCUAUGAGAGCCCAGGCAGGAGGUAGCUGACAUCACAAGCUAGUCGGUCGAAUUCUCCGUGUUGAC